AUGACGAAGAAAUUUGAAGAAUUACCAAAUGAAAUAUUCAUUGAAUGUUUUGAAUAUUUGAGUGCACCAGAUGUAUUCUAUUCAUUUGAUCGGUUAAGUGAUCGUUUUGAUACACUUAUUCGAACUAUUCCAUUAUGGUUGAAUUUUGAAGAAUUCAAAAAAUCGAAAUUUAAUCAAUUUUGUCAAAUAAUAUUAUCAAAUCCAGAAUUAAAACAUAAAAUAAUUUCAUUAAAAUUAUCAAAUGAAGGUACACGUGGUCAAAUUGGAGAAUUUCUUUCUUUAUUUCCAUUAAAUGAAUUUAUUAAGCUUCGAUCAUUAUCAUUAAUUGGUUUAAAAGAGGAAAAUGUUCGACAAUUGAAACCGAUGUUAGCAUUAUUAUCUAAUUUAUACUAUUUUUCUUUUACUGAGUUGGAAUGUAGAAAUUCCGAAAUACUAUCUGAGCUAUCAAAGUCGAAGUUACGAAUUUUAUCAAUACCAGAAUUUCGAUAUGGCAAAUCUAUUUUGAAAGAAAUGUCAAUUACAACAAUAACAAUUUCUUCUUGUACUGCGAAUCAAUUAUCUAAAAUAUUUCAGUGUGCCAUGGCACUAAAGUAUUUAAAAAUUGAAAACUUCUAUAGUUAUACGCAUGUAAAUAAUCCAUUGAAGUUUUAUACUGGAAAUGCUGUUUGUUUAAAACAAUUGAUUAUCGAUGAUUGUAAAGCUGACUUUGAAAUGAUUGAGCAAUGCUUAAAACGUACACCUAACUUGACAAGUUUUACAAUAAACACCUAUGGUCAUGUGAGCAUGAUUGAUGCUGAUCAUUGGCAACAUCUUAUUGAAUCUUCAUUAUUACACUUACGUGUUUUCAAUUUCUAUUUUAGUUAUUGUCCGUUUACAGAUUCUUAUAAUGACUCGUUGAAUAAAUUUCAACAAUUUCAAACGAAUUUCUGGUCUGAACAACAUCAUUGGCAUACAAACUAUGAAAUUAAUAAUGCUUUAGCAUCGAUCUAUACUAUGCCAUAUGUAUGGAAUAAAUAUGAAUUAUUUGCUCCCAUCAAUAAUUGUGAUAAUUUAAAUGGAUUUGAUAAAGUUACUGAGUUAACUUUGUCACAAAUGACAAUUAAAGAUAAUUCACCAUAUUAUUUCAAUAAUGUUAAAACAUUAAUAUUAACACAUGAAAAUUGUUUUGAUGAAGAAAUGCAUGAGUACAAGUUACAGAAAGAACAAAUAAAAUUUUUAAAUAAUAUUGUUAAUGUAUCAAAUAUUAAACAUUUAAAAUUUCCAAUAAGAGAUGACGUGUUACCAUCAUCAUCAUUAUUAUUAGAAAUAUUAAAAGAAUUACCAUAUGUAUCAUCAUUAGAAAUUAAUAGAGGUAGUUUAAUGUCAUGUGCCUCGGAUCAUGAAUUACGUAAAUAUUUAAAUACAAAGAUUACUACAUUAAAGUUAUGUACUAACAAUUGCUAUUAUGGGUAUAUGAAAUCUGACGAAGUAGAUUUACUUCUUGAGACAUUUUCGAACCUCGAACAACUUCAAUGUAAUUUCCAAUGCUCUAAUGAUUUAUUAUUAAUAUUAAAAAAAUUUUCAAAAUUAUUGAUAAUAAACAGUCCAUAUAUAACCAAAGAGGUGCAUUCAUGGAUUCAAGAAAAUGCAUCGAAAUUAAAUGUAUACAUUGAUUUUUAUGAAAUUGAUAAUGAUAAUGAUGAUGAUGAUGAAUUAGAUCUCUAA